CCACAGACACAGAGCUGCAACUCAGGAACACAACACAGCCACAGAAACCUCUCAUCAGACACUUCACCGGCAGAAUCACUUCUUGGGAGAGAGAGAGAGAGAGAGAGAUGUAGGAUAAUUUAUCAUCUUAUUUUUGUGCCAGCAUAAAAAGGGGGGCUACGGAGAAGUGGGUGGUGCAUGUGAGCUCGAGCUCCUAUUACAGAGAUCCAGACUUUUUCAUGGCAAGUUUUGUGGAAGUGGGGGGAGGGCGAAUCUGCAACUUUCUCAGCCUGAUGUCUUUUUCAUACCCAUCCUAAAUGUUUCAAAUUAAUUCUUUUUAUGGUUUUGAGUUUAGGCGAUGUGUUUUUUCUAGAGUUGAGGACACUUUUUUGGAGCUGUUGGAAUUUGGAUAAUGAAGGAAUUCAGGAGGAUCCAGCAGGGAUCGGACGAGAAGUGCAGAAUAAAAAAGUUUGGGAGGACUACGAGAAAACUUUGAAGCGCCUAGCAGAUUUCCCUCACCAUGCCGCGUUUGGAAACUUAUUCCAAAUCUAAUGAAGAAUACUUCAUCUUUGGGUGUUUUGGGAAACAGAAUAGCUAAAGCACUAGAAUUCAAAGCGAUCUCGUUUUUGCACAGUUGAAUCUCUACUCCCAAGAUGUCUUCCCAGGGUCGGGGCCCCAUUGUUGGAUUUUAUGGGAUGCUUUGCGUCUGGGUUGCUUGGCUUUCAGGCUCCGGGGCGGUGUUGUCUCCAAACGGGACGAUAUUUGAGGAUAACUGCAAGAAAACCUCCACUUGCGAGGCACUUAAAUACAACACAUGUCUGGGAUCGCCUUUACCGUACACGCAUACUUCUCUGAUCCUGGCGGAGGACUCCAGCACCCAAGAAGAAGCUUUUGAGAAGCUGGCCAUGUGGUCCGGUCUGCGGAACGCUCCUCGCUGUUGGUCGGUCAUCCAGCCUUUGCUCUGUGCCGUCUACAUGCCCAAAUGUGAGAACGGUCGAGUCGAGCUGCCCAGCCAGAGCCUGUGUUUGGCUACACGUCGACCAUGUAGCAUCGUGGACCAGGAGAGAGGCUGGCCCAGCUUCCUCAAAUGUGACAAAUUCCCUGUUGGCUGUUCGAAUGAGGUGCAGAAGCUGAAGUUCAACAUAUCAGGCCAGUGUGAAGCUCCCCUGGUGAAGACAGACAUUCAGUCCAGUUGGUACAAGGACGUGGAGGGCUGCGGUAUCCAGUGUGACAACCCUCUGUUCACUGAGGAGGAGCACAAUGACAUGCACGCCUACAUCGCUUACUUCGGCACCAUCACCCUCCUCUGCACCUUCUUCACCCUGGCCACGUUUCUUGCCGACUGGAAGAACUCCAACCGCUACCCAGCUGUCAUUCUCUUCUACAUCAAUGCCUGUUUCUUUGUGGGCAGUAUCGGCUGGCUGGCUCAGUUCCUGGAUGGAGCACGCGACGAGAUUGUGUGCAAGAGCGACAACACCAUGCGACUCGGGGAGCCCUCGUCUUCAGAGACACUGUCAUGCGUCACUAUCUUCAUCAUCGUAUACUACUCCCUGAUGUCGGGCGUGAUUUGGUUCGUCAUGCUGACCUAUGCCUGGCACACGUCCUUCAAAGCCCUGGGCACCACCCACCAGCCGCUGUCUGGCAGAACCUCCUACUUCCACAUGGUGACCUGGUCCGUCCCCUUCGUCCUCACUGUGGCCAUCCUGGCUAUCGCUGAGGUGGAUGGAGACUCAGUGAGCGGGAUCUGUUUUGUAGGCUACAAAAACUACAGAUACCGUGCUGGGUUUGUCCUGGCCCCUAUUGGAGUGGUGCUUGUUGUCGGCGGCUACUUCCUCAUUCGGGGUGUCAUGACUUUGUUUUCCAUUAAGAGUAACCACCCAGGACUUCUGAGUGAAAAAGCUGCCAGCAAAAUCAACGAGACGAUGCUGAGACUUGGUAUAUUUGGAUUCCUCGCUUUUGGCUUUGUUUUCAUCACCUUCGGCUGCCACUUCUACGACUUCUUCAACCAGGCUGAAUGGGAGAGGAGCUUCAGAGAAUAUGUGCUGUGUGAAGCCAACGUGACAAUCGCCUCUCAGACCAACAAGCCAAUCCCAGAAUGCACCAUUAAGAACCGGCCCAGCCUGAUGGUGGAGAAAAUCAACCUGUUCUCCAUGUUUGGGACGGGAAUCGCUAUGAGUACCUGGGUCUGGACCAAGGCCACCAUCCUCAUCUGGAAACGGACCUGGUGCAAAAUUAUUGGUCGUAGUGACAAUGAACCCAAGAGGAUCAAGAAGAGCAAGAUGAUUGCCAAGGCAUUUGCACUGAGGAAGGAGCUUCACAAGGACCCAGAAAAGGAGCUGUCCUUCAGCAUGCACACCGUGUCCCACGAUGGACCAGUGGCUGGAAUCAAUUUUGAAAUAAAUGAGCCAUCAAACGACGUGUCAUCAGCUUGGGCGCAGCAUGUGACUAAGAUGGUGGCCCGGCGAGGUGCCAUCCUGCCUCAGGACAUCUCUGUUACUCCUACUGGUACUCCAGUGCCACCUCCAGAGGAGAGGAACAGGCUGUGGAUGGUGGAGGCUGAGAUUUCACCAGAGAUGAUAAAGAGGAAAAAGAAGAAGAGGAAGAGGAAAAAGGAGGUGCGUCCAGUGGAGGAGGCAGUGGAACACCAGGCUAAUCGCCAGCGUGAGUUUGGUCGCAGCUCAGUGCCUCGUCUGCCCAAACUGCCAUGCCACCCCAGUCUGGUCGCUAAUCUGCGCGAACAGCAGAGGCAGCAGCAGAAGCUGGAGGAGGAAGUCUUGCCAGGGUCCUACCCAGAUUUCCAACCCUCCCUGUCCUGUGAGGAGAGGUGUACCUACCAGCCCUACCAGAGCAGUCGGGACAGUUAUGGCCGCAGCCUGCUCUCUAACCCUCUAACCUUCAAUGACCGCCCAGAGGAUCUUGGUAUCGGCCCACGCUGCCCCCCCUCUGCCUCCACUUGGCAGCCCAGGGGAUCUUCCUGCUACCCCGGGGAGAUGGAUCUCGCCCACGUGGCUCGGGGACCGGCAGGCCGAAGGGCCGGCUACGGACCCAUUCACUCCCGGACCAAUUUAAUGGAAGCAGAACUUAUGGAUGCUGACUCUGACUUCUAAGAGCAAUAGCUCCAAUAUAUUGCUUUGUGGUUCACCGACCACAAAAAAAAAAAAAAAGUGCUGGAUGCUUUGAAAAUUCUUACUAAAGUGCACCUAAUUCCCAAUGCCCAGAGGUCAAGAUGGAACUAAGCUGUUCAGUUAAUUUUAUUUUUUAUUUUGAAAAAACAAAGGGAUAAAGUAAAAAUGUUGUGAAUAGUUAAUGAAAAAAAUAUUUUUUUAUACUCUGUGUCCAAUACAAUUUCAAAGGCAACUCCAUGAUGACAAGAGAAAUGAGGCAGCUAAACUUUAUGUGGCUUGAAACAGAUAUUAUUUUUAAGCCAUAAGAAUUCAUCAGCUAGUAUCAGCCUAGCCCUGUUUAUGACAACAUUCAACUCUUAAUGUUGCAGGGUGAGUCAAGGUAUCACGGAUGAAUUGUUAAUUGACACAGUCAACUUGUCUUUGAAAUUACCAGUAAGGAAAUUUGAAGAUGAAGGCAGUCGAUAAAACUUUUGAAAGUCUAUUCUCAAUCUUUGAGUGACCGCUUGUGUAUUAUUAUUUUUACUGCCCCAGUAGGGCAGUAAAAUUUGACUCAUACAGAAGACCAUACAGGUUAAAAUGAAAAUGCUACGGGCUACUUGCAAAUACUGUUUAACCCAGGUCAUCUUUUGUGUUAUAUUUAAAUGUUUGUUAAACUCCAUUUCUCUCUUCCCAUCGCUAUUUAGCAAUUAAUGAUUUGUGUUUAUGUACAGUUAAAUUGAGGUACUAACCAUUAUCUCCCUUGCCCUAUUAAUACUGAUAUCACAGAAGUGAUUGCUAAGUGCUCCAGACUUCGAGAGGUUUCUUUUAAGAAUCUGGGCACACUGGGAUUUACACAGAAACCAGGAUGUACUAAAAGAAAUGAUUACAGUUGUAUAAGUUGACUAAUUUUGAACGCACCAGGUGCUUGGUCUCACAGCUUCACAUUGUGAUAAUUUACUUCAGACACAAACAGAAUAAACCAAAUUAUUAUACUGUC